AUGCCUCCGGAACUCCAGAAUAAUGAUACAAGGGGAAGUAAGGGCAGUGAAGAGUGGAGACACGAAAAUCCGGGGAGACGCAGGGAUUCAGGGUUGGCGAGGCAAUGGGAUCGACAAGUCGAGAAAGCAAAAGGGAAGAACGGCACAGACAAGAAUCCAAAGCAUCCUCUAGACCAGAAGAAGUCAAGCCUGUCCUGA